UGAACUUUAUUUGCUAAUUGUGAUCAGGAUUGGACACUGUUAACAUGGUUGGUGAUGACACUAGACGAUCAGAACGUGAAUGGAUAGCGCGGUUUGUAGUAGUUGUGUGUGCUACAGCAGCUGCCAUCCGCUAUUACGGCUCCCGUGGAUCAUACAUUGAUAGGGUUCCGUGUAGGACAUCAGCUUUACAGGGUUAUCAAUGGGUUACAGAAAUUCUGAGAGGACACCCAGCUAGAUGUUCACAACUUUUCAGGAUGAGGAAAGAAAUUUUCAGAGAGUUAUGCAUCGAUCUAAGAGACAAAUAUAUGUUACCGACCACGAACACCAUUCAAAUUCCGGAAAUGGUUGGUAUGUUCCUCUUUACUUUGGGGCAGGGUGCUAGUAAUAGAUUGUUGCAAGAAUGCUUUCAGCAUUCCGGCGAAACAAUUAGCCGGAUUUUCAGGGAGGUUCUACAAAGCGUCUACCUAAUGUCCAUCGACCUUAUCAAACCGAGGGAGAACCAGUUCGAUACAGUACCUUCUAGGAUUAGGAAUGACCCUAAAUAUAGGCCAUUUAAGGAUUGUAUUGGUGCGAUUGAUGGUACUCAUAUUCCAGCCGUCAUUCCCAAGGAUGAGAGAGGUCGAUUCAUAGGGAGGAAAGGAUUUACUACACAGAAUGUGAUGGCCGCGUGCGACUUUGACAUGUUGUAUAUUUUUAUCUCGGCUGGGUGGGAGGGAUCUGCACACGAUGCGCGGGUAUUUCAGGAUGCAAUUACAGAUGAAUCGUUACACUUUCCGCAUCCACCUCCGGGAAAGUAUUAUCUAGUAGAUGCAGGAUAUCCUAACAGGAUUGGUUAUCUUGCCCCAUAUAGAGGUGAAAGAUAUCAUUCGUCUCAAUUUGAAAAUGGCCGCCGAGCAUCGGGACCUCAUGAGGUAUUCAACCAUGCACACUCAUCGCUUCGAAAUGUCAUAGAAAGAACUUUUGGGGUAACAAAGAAUAGGUGGCCGAUUCUGAGAAAUAUGCGGUCAUUCCCGUUCCCGAUUCAAGUGGAAAUUGUGAUAGCGUGCAUGGCACUUCACAAUUAUAUUCGAUUAAGGGUGACAGAUGAUGACGAGUUCAUGGAAAUCGAUGAAGAACCAAGUUGUUCAUAUGAAGAAGGUCCUAGUAACGCUACUGCGGCAGAGAAUGUAGGGGAUUCGGAUCUACGUGACGACCAUACAAUGACGCGUGUUCGGGAUCUUAUUGCAAACAAACUUGUCCGUCGGAGGGAGCGUAAUUGAUAUUUUGGGCAUAUGUAAAAUUAUGUAAGUUACAAUUAUUUGGAGUUGUGAGAAUGUAAUAUGAUACUUUCUAUUAUUUUAAUGUAUGA